UGGGGUUAUGAAUAGCUGAGUAUAAUGAUUUCUUAGUGAACGUUUAAAAAAAGAGAGCAAGAGAGUGAUUCUCAGCUAGAGGGAGACUCACAUUCGUUCAGCCACAGCAGGCAAGAGACGGGACGUGGAAAGUUCCCCUCAUUCCAGGUGUCUAUGUACCUCUGCAUCAAGGCAGCCAGGUCUGCAUAGCAGAAAGGAAAAGGUGAAGGGAGACGUCUUCUUCCGCAGCCACAGGGCUGCCCGGACGCAGCCAUGGGACCAUCUGUCUGCAGCAGCAACAGCACUACCCGAGUCUGCUAAGCAGAACCCUGACCGUCUGAGCCAGCGUCGGCGGGCCCCCAGCCAUGGCAGGAAACAAGGAAAGGGGGUGCUCUGGAGGAACCCCCCUGGCUCAUGUGAAUGGCUUCCCGACUGCCGUAUACCCUUUCCCUUUCCCUAAUCCCCACUUCGAGGUGCUCACCAAUGGAGGCUAUUUCCGCAGUUUCCCUACCGACCUGCCCAAGGAGAUGGCAUCGCUGUCGGUGGAGACGCAGAGCACGAGUUCAGAGGAGAUGGUGCCCAGUUCCCCAUCUCCGCCCCCACCCCCACGCGUCUAUAAGCCUUGUUUUGUCUGCAACGACAAAUCUUCUGGCUACCAUUAUGGGGUCAGCUCCUGCGAGGGGUGCAAGGGCUUCUUCCGCCGAAGCAUUCAGAAAAACAUGGUCUACACCUGCCACCGAGACAAAAACUGUCAGAUCAACAAAGUCACUCGCAACCGCUGCCAGUAUUGCCGUCUACAGAAGUGCUUUGAGGUUGGCAUGUCCAAAGAAGCUGUGAGGAACGACCGCAACAAGAAGAAAAAGGACGUGAAAGAGGAGGUGGUGGUGGAGAGCUACGAGAUGACGCCAGAACUGGAAGAGCUGAUCCAGAAAGUUAGCAAGGCUCACCAGGAGACCUUUCCUUCGCUCUGUCAGCUGGGCAAAUACACCACGAAUUCCAGUGCAGACCACAGGGUACAGCUGGACCUCGGGCUGUGGGACAAGUUCAGUGAACUGGCCACCAAAUGCAUCAUCAAAAUCGUGGAGUUUGCCAAACGUCUGCCAGGCUUCACCACUCUCAGCAUUGCUGACCAGAUCACUUUGCUCAAGGCAGCCUGCCUAGACAUCCUGAUGCUCCGUAUCUGUACCCGCUACACCCCUGAGCAGGACACCAUGACUUUCUCAGAUGGGCUGACUCUGAACCGCACCCAGAUGCAUAAUGCUGGAUUUGGGCCCCUCACCGACUUGGUCUUUGCCUUCGCUGGGCAGUUGCUGCCUCUUGAAAUGGACGACACAGAGACCGGCUUGCUUAGUGCCAUCUGCCUUAUCUGUGGAGAUCGAAUGGACCUGGAGGAGCCAGAGAAAGUGGACAAGCUGCAGGAGCCGCUGCUGGAAGCGCUGAAGAUCUAUGCUCGCCGGCGUCGGCCCAACAAGCCGUACAUGUUCCCCCGCAUGCUGAUGAAGAUCACCGACCUACGGGGCAUCAGCACCAAAGGUGCAGAACGAGCCAUCACCCUGAAGAUGGAGAUCCCAGGCCCUAUGCCGCCCCUCAUUCGAGAAAUGCUGGAAAAUCCUGAAAUGUUUGAAGACGAAUUAUCUCAGCCUGCGCCGCCGGCAGAAACCCCCAGUUCCAAGGAGAGCCCGGCUGACCCCAAGAGCCAGGAGGAGGCCCCCUAGUGCCACGCAAGAGCCAGGAUCUAGGCUAGGAAAGGCGGGGAGAAAGUCCUUUUCCAUGUAGCUUCCCGGUCCUUCCCGUUGCUCAUUUCCGCCAGGACUGUACGUUUGCCUUCCCUGCUCUUGGCCAUGCAUCGGAGGCUGGGAUAAUGGCAGCGCUCCAGACCAACUAGGAGGCAUGCACACCCCUCUCCUCUUGGGGGUGGAUGUCUCUUGCCUUAACCUUUUUCCUACAGGGUCUGGGAUGCAUACUCGGAAGCCUUCGCUCCCAACCCCAAAGCUUUGCCAAAGUCCCAGGUUGCCUGUUCCGUUGAGUCGGGUACCCUCAAGCCAAAUAUUCAGGACAUGGAAGCCCCCAAGGGGCUUGGACUCAGAGCGCCUCCCUUUCAAAACAGGGGGGAUCUCCAAAUGUGCAAUUUUGGUGCGGUGGGAAAACGAGCAUCUCGAGAGCCGGCGAAGAGACUCGAGAGCCUAUAGGCCUCCAGAUGGCAGUCCUGCCUUUCUCAACACUCCGUCGUCCUUCCUGAGGAUCUGUAUACUCUUUAUCCUCCCAAGCCAAGAACCCAGGCAUCCGGGACGCUAUUUAUUCAGGUCUGUGAAAACAGAGGGAUGGCGCUUCUUCCCAGCUCCCCCACGCGCACUAAGAUUAUCUCGGACCAACGACUUUGGGGGUUGAGGGAGAGCAAAGCCAGGACUUCAACACAUCCCGAUGCCCUAUCAGAACGUUUCUGGUGGCGGGAGGGGGUGGGCUCAUAACCAUUUUUGUCGACUCUAAUGGUGGGAUGUGUAUUUUUUUAAGGGGGUGAGUACAGGAGGGGGGGACGGGGCUUUUCGUGAGUGUUUUUGUUAGCUGUAUAAAAUGCUAAUGUUUUGUUGUUGGGGCAGAGAUCAAUCCCAUAGUAGUGGGAAGGGCUGGGGGUGCAGUCCCCUACCAUGACCUCCCCAGUCCCAAGGAGGGGGAAGGGGAGCGUAGGGGUGGGGGAGCCUGUGUUGGUUCUCACUUGGGAUGCUUUUGACCCCCCACCCUCUGGUGCUAAGGACUCUGGGAAGUGGACCCCAAAGGACACUAGAUACCAAAGAUACCGAGGAACGGGUGGAGGUUAGGGGUGCGGAGCCAGGGACUUUAACUGAUUUCCUCUCAUAGGGCCUCCUUUUACUGCCCUCCCAGCAGUGGUGCCACUUGUCUUAACCCCGCUUCGAACUCUGUUUCCCUAGCACUUUUGUGACGAGGAGGGGGCUUCCCUUCCCCUGCAGGCCUAGAGGGGACUGGCACCAGCUUCCCCCUCCUCCACAGCACCAAUGGAUCAAAUAAAGACACAGCCAAUGCUUUCUUAACCCCUUGCAAGAAUAAGUUUCACCGCACUCUCUGCUCCUAGCGACACCAGGUCCUAACACUACAACAGACCCAUUUGCCGAUGCUUUACCGUGAAGUGGCUGCUAUUCCUUCUCUCUUACCUAACUCCCCACCCCCAGCCCUUGCACAAAUCAGGGGCAAGAGGCAGCCAGCCAACCAUACCCUUUUCCCGCUGCCUUACAGCUGGGGCGGGCACGGGUGGGGCUCAUCCACAUUUUGGGCCUCCUUGGCCACUAGGGGAACGGAAACUGAAGGUGUUGCUGCCCCCUGCUGGUCAAGAAUGGGACAACGCUUUCAGCGGGUUUUAUUUAUUUGCCUUUGAUUUACUCCACCCCAUCCUACUCCAGAGCUGGUGACGAGGGUUAACGAUAUCCCAAGGAACAGGAGCUGUGCGGAUUGUUCUCAGUUGUCUUAAGCUGUCAAUUUAAAAAAAAAAUACCCCAGGCCUUAAAAUGGAGUCUGUUUGCUGGGAGGGGACAGGCGGAAGAGAGGGUGAUGCCCUUCUGUGAUGUUUACAGAACAGCUUUCCAUGGUAUUUUAGAGGAAUCUCUCCUGACCCCUGCACUCUCAGCUGUGCCACAAAAGAGACAGGGCUUUUCUAUUUUUGCAAAAUAAAGUGACGGAAACCCGA